AUGGUGCGGGAGGUGCUCGCCGGUGUCGCGGCGGCCCGCUGGGCGGCAGACAGCCUGGUGAGGCGGCUUGACAGGGAGUUGCGGGAGGCGAGGGAAGUCAUCGCCAGCCUCCAGGCGCAGCUGGAGUGCGGGUCGCGCGGCGACGCCGCGGAGGCGGAGGCCCUCCGCCGCGAAGCCAUCGCGCGGCCCGCCUUGGUUGCGCGCGUCCGCGGACGCCGCGAAACCAUGGCGCAGUGGCAGCGGCGGGACGUCGCGUGGCAUGCCGAGCGCUGCCCGUCGGCAGACGCCCCGCCGCAGGAAUGGCGCGGGGCUCAACGCGGGCCGCGCCUCCCAGGAGGGCCCCUUCCUGGUGAUGGGCGCGGCGGUGCGGCGCAGAGUGCCAUCGCGUGUGAGGUGGAGACCUGCGUCUGCGAAGUGCAGCCGCCGAUUGAGUGCGCAUUGGAUGCUUGCGUGGCCGAGGCGCCAACGCGGCUGCCCAGCGCCCGAGCGGCGGCCGCGAGGGCCCCGCUGCGGUCUGGCGCCAGGCCGUACCACCCCGAGUGGGCGCGCUGGGCCGCGCUGCUUGAGGAGCUCGGCGUGGCGCAGCUGGCCGAGCAGGGCUGCGGCGAGGGCGGCGCCGAGAGCACCGUGGCGGAGGAGAUCAUCGCGGAGUUCGGCUGCGAGGCCGAGGAGGAUCGCGCUGCUGCGGCGCGUUGCUCGGCGUGGCGGCCGCGGCGGAGCGGGGGCAGCCUAGAGGGGGGCUCAGAGUUCGAGGGGGAUUCUGAGUUCGAGGAUCUCGGGUCCGAGCACGGGCAGUUCCUGCGUGACUAUUUCUCGGGCGGCAGCGAUCUGGCCGCGGAGUACGAGCUGGCGCGCGCUGCCUGGCUGGAGCGCUCGGGCUCCAGGCGCGAUGGUGGGGGCGGGCCCGAGGAGGAGCGCGGCGCGCUAGCGCUCGCGGCCGUCGGCUCCGAGGUAGGCCCCGGGGAGCUGCACGAGUCCGACGGGAGCAACGCGGUGCCCGCGCCGUGCGGGCUGCACGGCGGCAGGCGUGCCGGCGAACCGAGCGAGGCCGAUCCUGUCGGGCUGGGGCAGGAGUGUGAGAGGAGCAAGCGGGUUUCCUUCGCUCCGUGGCCCGACGUCGUCGACUUGGAGGCCGUCGACCUGAUGCACCUCUGCGAGUGCGAGAGGUUCGGCAUCUCCGUGAGGCCUCGUCGGCGACCCGCCUGGCGCGUGCGGUUCGCCGAGGGGCCCUGGCUAGUGCAGGCCCGUCCGCCAGGCAUGUCCGUGGGGAGGGCCCUCGAGCUCGAGCUGCUCAUUCGGGCGUGCAAACCGAGCGGCGUCGCGGCGCUUGACGAAGGCUCGAAGCACCGCGCGAUGGAGACGCCGAGGCCGCCGUCCGUGGCCGUCGUGGAGGCGCCCGUAGGAGGCGCAGCCAUCGAGCGCGCCGUCGGCGUGGAGCCGCCCCUGUUCGCGGACAGCGUCGACUGCGCCGCGGGCGAUGGCCGCUCGAGCUCGGAGGGCGUGUUCGUUUCGUUCCUGGACGACUUCUCGGCGGCGGCGGUGGCGUGUGCGGCCAAGGGGCCGAAGUCGGGAGUUGGGUCGCUCCUGGACUUGGCCGAGGCCCGCGCCCUCGGCGUCCGCCUCGGAAGUGCAGGUUGUCCAGAUGCCGAGGAGCGCCAGCGGCUCCUCGAUGGGCUUUUGGUCCGUGAGCGUUGCGCGACGCGGCCCAAGAGCGAAGGGUGA